AGUAUGGUAGAUUCUUUAUCAAAAUCAGUUAUGUAUUAUCUAAUCAAGUACAGUAAAUUAUUUGAAAUUUAUAGACGAACAGAUAUUAUAAAUCGUAUCCUGUGCGCAACUAUAGAAUGACCUUACGUUUCACUUCAUGUACAUGUUACUUGUCACAAGUUACAAUCAUAAUUUAGAUAAAUUAGUCGAACGUCCGUAUUUCGGUAAAAAUUGAGUGUUACUUGCAAUAUUUUUUUUCUAAUCUAUAACUUACAAUGGCUCUUAAAAUAAAAAAAUACGAAAAAAUGAUUCGCGUAAAUCCUGUUGACGAUAAAAAUACAAACAUAAAAGAAACAAUUAAUGUGAUACGACUUCAUGAACUUGAAUAUCUUAAACACCUUAUUAUUGUUAAUUCAUUAAGGCACAUUGAAGAUCCCGAGUUAAAGAACAAAUGUAAUCGGUUAACUAUUCAUUGGAGACUGUUUAAAAAUAACGAAUCCGUUUUUCCAUUUGCGGAAAUGUCGAAUAUUGAAAAAGACAAAUUUAAAAAAUGUAUUGAAGACUGCAUUAAUAAAGAAUCUUCUGAGAUUAUCAAAGAAAAAAAUUCUAUUCCUGCAGAUCUCUUAAAAUCGAUUGAAUUAAGAUCAGCUAUGCCCAGUACAAUAAAAAAUAAAUUAACCACUUUGUUGUCACUUUUAAACACAUUUGCAAAUAAUCGGAAGGAAAUAUAUCAUUCAAUAAUUAAAUUACAGGAUAGUAACUAUGUUAAUAAUGAAAAAGCUCAGCAUUUAUCUAAGCAAAUAGAUUUAGUACAACAACGUGCAAAUGAGUUGCUGAAUAACAUCAUCAGCAAGUUAUCUAAUUCAGAUAAUUUAUAUGAAUCACUUGUAACACAAUACAAAGUUAAAGAAAAAGAAUAUGCCGAAAAUUUGGAAAAAUUUGAAAACUUAAAGAUUCUACAAGAUAAAUAUAACCAAGUAGAUGGGCCACAAUACAAAGCACUUGUUAAAAGAUUUAUUCAAGCUCAAGAAAUUAUUAAAAUUAAAAGAGAGAUGUUUAAUAGUUAUUAGUAUAAUCAUAUCUUGAUAAAAAUAAAUUG